AAGGGAUUGGGAAGAGGGCGGCGGCGCGCGCUGGCUGCGGCGCCUUUAAAGGGCGAGGCGCGCCCUUCUCCGCCCCGCGCGUCUGAGCCGACCUGCGGCUGGCCGGGUAGGUGCUCAGCAGCAGCAGCAGCCCUCCCCUCGGUGGGCUGGCCCAGGCGCAACGAGAGGGAGUCGCCGCCGCCGCCGCCACCGCUUGCAAGGGGAAGAGGGCUGAGGGACCCGCCGCCGCCUGCCCAGCUCGACGACGCAACCAGCUUCGCCCCGCCGCCGCCGCCGCCGCCGCCAUGGCCCAAGCAGACAUCGCCUUGAUUGGACUGGCCGUGAUGGGUCAGAACUUGAUCCUAAACAUGAACGACCAUGGCUUUGUGGUCUGUGCAUUUAACAGAACUGUAUCCAAAGUGGACGACUUCCUGGCAAACGAAGCCAAGGGGACCAAGGUUAUCGGGGCUCACUCCUUGGAAGAAAUGGUCUCCAAGUUGAAGAAACCUCGGCGGAUUGUCCUGCUGGUGAAGGCUGGCGGUGCAGUGGAUGACUUCAUCAACAAGUUGGUACCUCUGCUCAGUGCUGGAGACAUCAUUGUUGACGGAGGAAACUCUGAAUACCGAGACAGCACGAGGCGAUGCAGAGACCUCAAAGAAAAAGGCAUCUUGUUCGUAGGCAGUGGCGUCAGCGGGGGCGAAGAAGGGGCCAGGUACGGCCCCUCCCUCAUGCCAGGGGGAGCCAAAGAGGCAUGGCCUCACAUCAAGACAAUAUUUCAGAGCAUUGCUGCCAAAGUGGGGACCGGAGAACCCUGCUGCGAUUGGGUAGGCGAUGAGGGGGCUGGGCACUUUGUGAAAAUGGUGCACAAUGGGAUAGAAUACGGGGACAUGCAGUUGAUCUGCGAGGCCUACCACCUCAUGAAAGACGUGCUGGGCAUGGACCACGACGAGAUGGCCAAGGUGUUUGAAGACUGGAAUAAGACAGAAUUGGACUCCUUCCUGAUUGAAAUCACUGCCAAUAUCUUGAAGUUCCGUGAUGCUGACGGCAAACACCUGCUCCCCAAAAUCAGGGAUAGCGCUGGCCAGAAGGGCACAGGAAAGUGGACGGCCAUCUCUGCCUUGGAAUAUGGGGUCCCUGUCACUCUCAUUGGGGAGGCUGUCUUUGCACGGUGCCUGUCUUCUCUCAAGGACGAAAGGCUUCAGGCCAGCAAACUCCUUAGUGGACCCAAAGUGACGCAGUUCAGCGGGAAUAAGACGGCCUUUCUGGAGGACAUCCGUAAAGCCCUCUAUGCCUCCAAGAUAAUUUCCUAUGCCCAAGGCUUCAUGUUGCUGAGGCAAGCAGCAAAAGAGUUUGGCUGGACACUGAAUUAUGGUGCCAUUGCCCUCAUGUGGCGUGGUGGCUGCAUCAUCCGAAGUGUAUUCCUGGGGAAAAUCAAAGAAGCUUUUGACCGAAAUUCUGACCUCCAAAACCUACUAUUGGAUAACUUUUUUAAGACAGCGGUGGAGGGUUGUCAGGAUUCCUGGCGACGUGCCAUCAGCACCGGUGUCCAGAUGGGCAUCCCAAUGCCAUGCUUCACCACCGCACUUUCUUUCUACGAUGGGUACAGGCAUGGUACUCUGCCAGCUAACCUGAUUCAGGCUCAACGGGAUUAUUUUGGUGCUCAUACCUAUGAACUCUUAACCAAACCAGGGGAGCAUGUCCACACCAACUGGACAGGACAUGGAGGCACGGUGGCCUCCUCGGCAUAUAAUGCCUAGGGGGGAAACAUCCAUCGGGAAAACUGCUGUAGACACAAGACAUUCCAUUUUUGCUGGUUAUUCUCUACACCUUCGACACUUUUUUCUUAGAUUUCGUGUUUGGGAAUUUCUGUUAAAAAUAACAACAACUUGUCAGUAUGUCUUGUAAAGGAGCCAAAAUAAACUGUGGAACUUC